CGGGACACGGGGGAUGAGUGGCAUUUCGGGGAAUUCUGGAAAAGGGCGCCAUAUGGGAUGGGAAGACAUAUGAUCUUAAUCAGCAGAUUCAGGAUAAUGUCUUCAGAAUAACGGGAAACGGCCAUGUUAUAGCGUCUUCGCCAUUGCCUCUGCAGAAGAGAUGCUCGUUACUUGCUCAACGCCCUCUCUUACGUCCGGCCAAUAUCUUCCUCGUUGAAUACUGGUUGAUCUCUACUUGUUCCCUUAGUUUUACAAGUCUAUUGACACCAUCUGGCAGACAGGGCGGUUUCAACAUGGACAACAUCAAGAGAUUUCAUGAUUCAAAAUAAGCAAGUACGGCGCUACUGCUCCUGUCAUAGUUUCAACCAUAGCAGGGGAGAGAAUUCUCAUAUAUCAUUUUCUGAUCAGAAUUACAGGCGGAAGAUUCUCCAAUUUUUCUUAUCAACCACAGUUUUGUUUCCAACUUGGCAUUCUUCUGCCAAAACAAAGAGUAAGAAUCCAUAUGAUGAGAGGCGCUUAUUAGAGCAAAACAAACGGAUACAGAGAGAAAACAAUGCACCUGAUGACUUUCCAAGUUUUGUCAGAGAAGGUUUUGAGGUUAAGGUAGUAGCACCAGAGACCUACGUAAAAGGUGACUCUGGGCUCAUAUAUUGGGAUAUUGAAGUUGGUAACGGUGAUUUCCCAAAGGACGGUCAGCAGGUGACUUUUCACUACAUUGGCUACAAUGAGUCUGGUCGUCGUAUUGACAGCACAUACUUACAGGGUUCUCCUGCCAGAAUCCGUGUGGGCACUAAUGCAUUGGUCCCAGGAUUUGAGGAAGGAAUUCGUGGCAUGAAACCUGGGGGAAAGAGGAGAAUAAUAAUUCCACCAGAACUUGGACCACCUGUGGGGCCUUCCACAUUUUUCAGCUCAAAGCAGUUUGAAGUUUUUGAUGUGGAAUUGUUAAGCGUUCAGGAUUGUCAGAGGAGGACAAUAGCUUUUUACUCUGAUAUUGUCUGCAACUAGGAGUUGAAGAUUAUCUUUUUGGGAAACAUGAAUCUUUGAGAUGAAUAACCCUAAGCAGUCCAUACUGCUAAUGUAUAUCUGAAUUUAUUGCCUAUUAUGCUGAUAGACCUUUUGGAAAAUCAAAUGACCUCCAACUCCACCCCCCCACCCCAGGUGAGAUGUUCUCACAGUAAUUGAUCAUUAGAUUAAAGAGCAGAUUACCAAGUUGCAUGAUACUUUUCUUUUUCAAUGAUCUUACCAAUGAGAUCAACUGGAUAUAGAUUCGGCUCAAUUAUUAAAUUAGAAAGAAAAAUAUGUCUAAUCAA